AUGUCUACCAUCACCGCUGCCGUUUGUAAAGACCAUCUUGAAUCUGGCGUAAUGUUUGCUUUUGAUGUAAUCGAUGAGUGUUUUGUUAAAGCCAAACUAAACAGUCUUAAAACAAACAAAGCGAUUGGUUUGGACAACAUCAGUGCCAGAUUGCUAAAGGACUCUGCUGACAUUAUCACAACAAGUUUGACUAAACUUUACAACCGCUCAUUAGCAACCUCCGUCUUCCCAGCUGUUUGGAAAUGUGGAAAAGUAACUGCAUUAUUCAAAUCCAGUGACCGAUGCAAUGCCAAUAAUUAUAGACCAAUAACCAUUCUACCAACUGGUAGCAAAAUACUUGAAAGAGCUGUUCAUAGUCAAGUCUAUAGCUAUCUACUUCGUGAAAAUAUCCUGAUCCCGAAACAAUUUGGAUUCCACCCAAAACUCUCCACGGCAAUUGCUCUCACCUACUUCACUGACAACAUUCUGGAUAAUUUAGAUAAAGGUUCUAUCGCCGGUGCAGUUUUCUUAGAUCUUUUGAAGGCCUUCGACAUGGUUAGUCACGAUUGUCUCACACAAACUUGGUACUAUUGGUUUUUCAGAGCCAACAAUCAACUGGUUCUCUUCUUAUCGUUCUCUUCUUAAUCGUUUUCAAGUCACUUCUAUUGGCCUUGAACAGUCGUCCACUCAACCAGUACAUGUCGGAGUACACCAAGGAAGUAUACUGGGUCCUUUACUGUUUCUCAUUUAUGUGAAUGAAAUUCCCUCCACUGUUAACAGCUGUGACAUUUCCCUGUAUGCAGAUGAUACCGUCCUGUUUUGCUCAGCUAAAACCAUGAUUGAAUUGGAACAAAAGCUAAACUCUGACCUGCAGAACUUAUCUCGUUGGUUUGAUGCUAACCGUUUAACUGUUAAUACUUCUAAAUGCAAAUUUAUGGUUUCUGGAAGUAAUGCCAAACUUGCCAAACUACAAAAUAUAAAUCUACUUAAUAACAGCCCACUAAAUCGUGUUGAAUCAUUUAAGUAUCUUGGUAUAACCUUAAAUCAGACAUUAUCGUGGUCAGAUCAUAUUGAAGCACUCUUUACCAAAGUUAAUCAACGUCUUG